AUGGCAGGCAACACCAACACGAACGCCGACUCGCAGAAGCGACUGCGCACCAACGAGGCCGGCGCGUCCACUGACGCCGCCGACGCCCAAUGGGUCAAUGAGUACAAAGGCCACACUCUACCCGAAGCCAACUGCGACAUCGAGCGCAUUCCAGUGAGCAGCGUCACGCCCGAGCAGUUCUUCGCCAAGUUCGUGUGCACGCGCACGCCCGUGGUGCUCACGGGCUUCCUGCAGGACGAGGACUUCAUCGCCCCCAGCAAGUGGUCGACCUCGGACGACCGACUCAUUGAGUUGGCGGGAGACACCAAGCUCACCGUCGAGCGCCGUGGAGAUGUCAAGGAGAAGUUCGGCAAGGGAAUCGCAGUGGAGAUGCCGUUCCGCGACCUGCUCAAGCUGAUCGAAUCCGGGGACGAGAUGCACUACUUGACCACGCAGGAGGUGGCCUUCGAAGAGGACGGACGCCCGGAGAUCAUGGCCCCGUUCAUGAAGAAGCUGCAGCAGGACUUCCCCGUGCGCCCCAAGCUCAUGGGCCAGUUGAUCCCGCAGAACAUCAACAUGUGGAUGGGCAACAACAAGCACGGCUCCUCCACGGGGCUGCACCACGACCACCACGACAACCUCUACAUCUUGAUGCGCGGCAAGAAGCGCUUCCGACUGUACUCGCCUGGAGACGCGGACAAGAUGUACGUGCGUGGGCGCAUCGCGCGCGUGCACGCCAAUGGACUGAUCAACUACGUGGGCAAGGAGACGACUCCGUACGGAGCGGAACCUGCGGCGGAGCGCGAAGCGCUUGCAGCCAUUGAGAAGAACGAGGCGGAGAAGGAGUUGGCCGAGGCGGAGCAGGCCGUGGAGGCGGGUGAACCCGGAGCGGAGGCGCGGCUUGAAGCGGCCGAGGAGAGACUGGAGAAGGCCAUGUUUCGCGUGCUCCAGGCGGAUAACAGUGAUGGUGAAGGUGACGAGGAGUAUGAGGACGGAGCUUUUCACUUUGAGGACAGUGAGGCUGAAGGGGACGACGAGAGCGAGAAUGGAGAGCUGGAUGAGUUGGCCCUGGACCCGGAGGAGGAGGAGGAGAAGAAGAUGAAGAAGGCGGAGAAACGCGAUGUCGGACAGACGGAGAUCACGUACCCCGUGAGCUUCAGCCAGGUGGACACGUUCCGGUUGCGGGGCAGUGAAGAGGAGCGGAAGGAGCUGUACAAGGAGUUCCCCAAGUUCAGUGAGGCCAAGGCGGCGUUCUGCGACUUGGAGGUGGGGGACAUGCUCUUCCUGCCUGCGUCCUGGUUCCACGAGGUUGAGUCGUUCGGAUCAGCGCAGGGUAACGGCCACUUGGCGCUGAACUACUGGUACCAACCUCCGGACCAGCUUACGCCUGAGAAGUUCACCUCGCCGUAUUCAUCGCCCUUUUGGGAACGGGAUUGGGAACAACGCUUUGCGAACAAAGCAGAAGAGUAAAACCACGAAUGACUGUCGACCGCUAGCUGCUAAUGCAAAACACGAAUAUAUUUGAAUGGGCCAAGCCCUCAUCCUUCAAACCCG